GUGCGGUGAGCGCGUAAAAGACGUGUAACGUGUAUUACGCUAUCGUCAGCGUCUAAUUAUAUUAUUUCUCACCGUAGUUCGUGUGACAGAAUCCUCGUGGAGGGCCCUAUCUUUAUCGUGACGAGUGUUUUUUUUCUCUUAUAUUCUUGGUUCGAAUAGUUUGAACGUGUUCGGGCAUUUUUUUCGCUGAAUUUGGUGACGAGUGAAUUAAUAAGUAAUUUGGUUAUUUUUUUCAACGCGAGAUUUACAAGUGAUGUGUUUCGGCGUUAUGCGUUUGAUUUUAUAGUGAAAUUGGUUCGGUGAUUGGUGAAGUGAUUGAUCAGCAUGGCGACCAUUGAGGAUAUAUUUUCAGAUGUGGUGAUAUUUUUAAAAGAAACGUUAGCAUCUGAAGAACUAUCUACGAAUGCAAAUCAAAGAAGACUCGCCCUGCUGCAAAAAAUUACAUCCAGAGAUUCCAUCGCAUUCCCUUACAUAGACAUGAACGGAAGUCAUAAAUCCGUUGCCGAUAUCGAAUCUCAUGCUGGGGAAUGUUACGAAGAAUUGGAAUCAUCGUGGUCUGGUUCUGGAGGCAGUAGCAAUAUAUCCAGGAGUUACUCUAGCACGUUACCAGCUUCCAGUAGGCAUCAAAAAUUUAGUCUAUUUUUUGGUAAUGGUUUCGGCGAAAAGGGAAAAGACUAUAAGAAUGGGAACGAUUCGGAUUUUAAUAAUGACGUUUCGAAAAGGAGUAGUGUUUUAUCAGACUCUGAUAACUCGCUUAGUCCUUCGUCGGUGAAAUCGGAAGAUUCGUUGGAAAUCAUGUCCAUCUCAGCAUCAGCCAUAAAGUAUUCAGCUGUAAAAUGCGGCCCGUUAUUUAAGAAAGAAAAACUAUUAUUUGUCGAGCACUCGAAACGUUAUUGGGCAGCGUUGCUGGGCACUAAUUUAUACAUUUAUACCAAUGAAAAAGAUUCUAAACCUAUUAAUUGCGUAAAUGUGGACGAAUAUAACGCCAGGGCUAUGUCAUCUAGUAAUGGUAACAAAAAGGAUUUCGGAUUUGAGAUCGUUUGUCCGGGAAAAAAGACUUAUCAAUUUUAUUCUACCUCUCAGUCCGAAAUGGAAGCUUGGAUAUCUUCGAUAAAUCACUCAUUACCAUUACCACAAACGUCUUCAGUCACUUCAUCUACGUCUACGCCAAACAUCCUGCAAUGUUCGGAGCAAGAACUCAAAGUUCUAGAUUUCAAUGAAAAACAGCGCCCUAAUUCGUGCAGAUACGAUAACGAACGACCUACCGAACGAGAAUUACCUUCUAUACCCGUAUUCAUUCAUUACGACACACCAAAUCCACUUUGCAGAUCAGUUGUCAGCAAUGACCAAAAAUCUCCUAGAUUGUCGACGGAUUCAUUAGAUGGAUUUUUCCCCGAAACCAUUUAUCACUCUAUUGACGAGUCCAUUGCCGAACAAUUGGCCAGAUAUGAUUAUCCUACUAGUAAUGACCCUGUGUUCAAAAACAAAGAAAAUUAUUAUCAAGAAGAUAACCUUUACUAUAAUAUUCUGGAUCAAAUAACUCAAAAGAAAUUAUCCGAGAAUGGAACUUUGAAAAAAGACCAAAGUAUCAGAAUUCCUUCGUUUAAGAACAAUAAUUCCAUAAGAGUCUACAACAAGAACGGAGUUGGUCGAAUACGUCAACUUAUUCAAAAAAUGGAAGAAAUUAAUAAUCAAAACAAUUCUCACAUCAAGAAACUGAAUUCGUAUCCGAGUGAAUCGAAACUGUUGAAUGGACCAGUUUCAAAAAUCUCAGUCUCCGAUGAAAUCUACGAACUAGUCAAUUCGCCAACUUACGUUAAUAUCAACGCUUAAUUUAUUAAGUAUUUUAUUUUUGUAUAUUUUCAUCGAUAAUUCUUUUACAACACUAACGAAUUUUGUUUUUGUUUUGUUUUUUUUUUUCAUUUUCUGAUCUCGUCUCUGUCAUUAUUUUUUAAUUUCCUACGUUUUAUCGCUCGUGCUUCGUUUACAAAGAUUAUAUCUAAUAAUUGUUCAUGUAGAUUACCAUAUUUAUUAGUGUAUACGAUUUUUUUUUCAUUUUUUGACUCUUAAUUGUAAUUCUGCUGAAAUAAAUUUUAGAAAAAAUAAUUCGACUAUCUAAUUUUAAUAUCGAAGGAAAUUUGUUUUGUAUUUUGCCAAAUUAAUUAAGAAAAAAUAACAUAAUAGCGGAAGACAAGUGACAACAAACACGCAAUUCAGAACACAGUAUAAAAAUAUCACAACAAUUUGAUUAAAAAAUCAUGAAAAAACGUAUACAUUCUCGAAACAUUUCUACCUAAAAUGAUGGAACCGGCCAGUGAAAUUAAAUUUCAUGUACUUAAAUUAUUUAAUUAUUUCUUUGAGGAGUCUUCACGAUGACAGAUUUAACUUCGGUAUAAGCUUGUAAACCAUAUUCUCCCAUUUCACGUCCAUGACCAGACAUCUUGUACCCGCCGAAUGGAGCCGGACAUCCAAAAACAUUGUAGCAAUUUACCC